AUGGGGCCACUCCGAUCUAUUCACGGGCAGGUCAGGGCACUUUUUGCACAAGCCUUGCACGACGGAUUCCCAUCUCUUCACCAAGACGCAGCAGUCAUAAAGGGCAAUCCGAAGUAUGGCGACUACCAGUGCAACAAUGCCAUGACAAUCUUCAAAGAGCAUGGAACAGGUCUGGGCUUCCAGACGCCCCUACAGGUGGCAGAAGCCAUAAGGGGAGCUUUACCAGCCAACGACAUCAUCGGCGAGAUAACUGUUGCACCGCCGGGUUUUGUCACAGUCAAAAUAAGUGAGCAAUGGAUCGCCAAAGAGGUCGGCCAGAUACUUCAAGGCGACGUAGAAUAUAAAGACUUGCCCAGAAAGAGAGUUAUAGUGGACUACUCAUCUCCAAACAUCGCCAAGGAGAUGCACGUGGGACACCUGAGGUCCACGAUCAUUGGCGAGUCGAUGCGCCGAGUUCUCGAGUUUUGUGGGCAUGAAGUCCACGGCCUCAACCAUGUUGGUGACUGGGGCACUCAGUUUGGCAUGCUCAUUGAGUACAUGAAAGAGGCAUAUCCCAACUUCCAGGAGCAACUUCCAGAAGUGCACGAUCUUCAAGAGUUUUACAAGGCCUCCAAGAAAAGAUUUGACGACGAUGCGGAGUUCAAGUCUCGCGCGCAGCUUGCCGUUGUCGAUCUGCAAGCUGGCGGCGAGUUUGCGAGAUCAGCCUGGCAAAAAAUUUGCGAAGUCAGCAGAGUGGCCUUCAACAGGAUAUACAGCAGGCUUGACAUCUCCAUUGAGGAACGAGGUGAGUCUUUCUACAACUCCUUGAUCCCACCUAUUGUGGAGGAGCUCAAGGUCAGGAAGAUCUGCACCGAGAGUGAAGGGGCGAUGUGCAUAUUUACGCCCAACAUCUCGUCGAUCCCUCUCAUGGCAGUCAAGUCUGACGGAGGUUUUGGUUACGACUCGACAGAUCUGGCAGCCGUUUACCAUCGGCUCUUCGUCAUGAGGGCGGACUGGGUGAUUUACGUGACGGAUCUUGGCCAGGAGCAGCACUUUCACAUGAUAUUCGACGCCGCCAAACAGGCAGGAUGGCACAAGCCCCCAUUGACACGUUGCGAUCAUAUGGGCUUUGGUGUGAUCCAGGGAGAAGACAAGAAAAAGUUCAAGACAAGGUCCGGAGAGACUGUGAAACUUAGCGACUUGCUGGACGAGGCCGUGCAGCGUGCUAGCCAGGAGAUCCAGCAAAGAGUCGAAGACCAGAGCAAGGAUGGUGGGGAAGCCUUCCUUACCGACCCAAAGGAGCAGAAGGAUGCCGCUGAAAAGAUCGGAAUGGCCGCAGUGCGGUAUUUCGACAUGAAGCAGAAUCGGACCACCAACUAUGUCUUCAAUUGGGAUCGCAUGCUCGAUGCCAAGGGGAACUCUGCAGUUUUCCUUUUCUAUGCCUACGCGAGGAUUCGUUCCAUCCAACGCAAGUCUGGCAUCGACAUGUCCAGCAUCCCUUCGAACCUCCUUGAGGUGAAGCACCCCUCGGAGAGGGACCUUGCGUUGAAGCUUUUGCAGUUUCCCGAAGUUAUUGAGGCAAUCCUGGCAGACCUACACUUGCACCACCUCACCGACUACUUGUGGGAGCUAUGCAACACCCUCACCGGUUUUUACAUGAAGUGCAAGGUUUUGGGCGAAGCAGCACAGUCCAGCCGGUUGCUCCUCUGCGAGGCUACUAGAAAGGUUCUCCUGAAAAGCUUCCAGCUUCUUGGGUUCACGCCGUUGGACAAGAUUUGA